CGAACGCAGAGUGUUCCCACCACAUUACCUGUUUCUCUAGAUUUUAGAAGCCUGGAAUCCCGUAUGCUUAUAAUUAUAAGUAAGUGAUUGCAUGACCUCCAGCCUGGAUACUCGGGGUUUUGGGCCCCCUACCAACUAAAUCCAUCCAUCCUCAACAACACGGCUAUCAGCUUUUAUCAAGUGGCAUAAUAAAUAUUCAUUCACCAAGACUACCUACCUAUCUUGAGCAAUAUUUCAAUAUAAACCUCUACCAACCCCAGCAACACCCUCACCAAAAAGAAAAAUGGUCAGCAAAUCCGGCACAGUCCACCCGGGGUCCAUCUCCUCGCGCGUGCGCAAGGCAGCCAAGGACAUGGAGAACCUGCUGGCAGGGACGCUCUGCAACGAGCCCAAGGACGCAAAGGAGCACAUCGAGUACGACUGCGUCAUGGUCAACCCGCUCAUCCACCCGGACGGCAAGUCGGAGCCGCUGCACAUGAAGUCGGAGCCGACACUCACCGAGGCCAUCGACAAGCUCGCCGAGAAGGGCCAGCUGAUCAGCUGGAAGAUCCACAAGGAGGACCCGGAGCCCGCCAUCGCCGAGGUCGACAUGAUGGCCGUGCAGAUCAUCUACCGCGUCACCGUCAUCAAGACCGACAGCGGGAGCACCGACCUCGACGCGGGGGACAUGGACAAGGUCGAGGCGUGGUGCACCAGCACGUGGAGGCAGCUUGCUGGUGGGGACUGGAAGCUCGUUGCGCAGCUUUUCGUGCCUAUAUGAUGGGAGUGUGGGGUGGAGACAGAUACUGACGGGUUGAGAUUAUCAUGUUUAUGAUUAUGUUUCGGGGCUCAGGCGUGGUCUUCUGUAAUGGAUGUUAUUGAAUAAGGGGUUCACGUUUAAUGCAAGGCUUUUAGUUUUAUGAUAUGCACACAUUGCUCAUGAAGGAAUGCAGCAGGUCUUCCA